CGGGUGUGACAUCACCAUGGCAGUCUGGUCAAACCGGUGUUGGAGCCUGCAGCACUUCUGACACGGCUCAGGUUGCCAAAAGAAACCCACCUGUCUCACCGCCCAUGCUGGGUGUGUUGCUGCGUCGCUCUCAAACCCGAGUCUUCAAUCCAAACUGCGCGCAUGGAAAGAGGGAACAAGCUUGGAUGAAACUGUGGAUAAAGUGAAAAGACGCACAGCUUGACCUGACACUGCGGAGAAAAAAAAAAGAAAAUAAAUCUAGAGACGAUGGAAAAGGAUGGGAUCGAAAAGAAACACGGUCUCGAGGGAGAUGCGGACCUCCAGUUUCUCCUGGAGGGGGGUGACCUCCUCAAGGUCCGCUCCUCGUCCUGGAAGAAGACCCGCUACCUCAAGCUGGAGCCAGACUGCAAGACCAUCUGGCACGAAUCGAAAAAAACCUUCAAGUCCAAGCAGACCUUCUCGUUGGACGACAUCUCCGCGGUGCGACAGGGCCGUCAGUCGGAGGGCUUGAGGAAGUACACAGAGGAGCAGGUGGAGAACCGCUGCUUCUCCAUCAUCUUCAAGGGCCGCAAGAAGAACCUGGACCUCAUCGCCAGCUCAGAGGAGGAGGCCAAGCAGUGGGUCACCAGCCUGCACAAGUUAAUAUCCAACAUGAACAACCUCAGCCAGCCAAGAGAAGGCAGAGCAUGGAUCUUCAACUGCCUGAGGAAAGCAGAUAAGAACAGCGACGACAAGCUGAGUCAGAAGGAGCUGAAGGACUUCCUGCGUAUGAUCAACAUUGACCUGGAUGACGAAUAUGCAGAAAUCCUCUUCCAGAAAUGUGACAAAUCCAAGUCUGGGUCUGCUGUCGGGGCGGAGAUUGAACAUUUCUACGACCCUGCUGACCAUCGGGAGGAGGUUGACGUGAUCUACGGGGAGUACGCCAAAACUGCUGGCUACAUGAGCGCCGACAACCUGGUGGAGUUCCUGAUGACCGAGCAGAGGGAGAGAGCCACGCUGGCAGACGCACACAAACUCAUUGAAAAGUACGAGGUGGAUGAAAAAGCCAAGGAGAAGAAGCUGCUUUCCAAAGAUGGCUUCCUGAUGUACCUGCACCAUCCGGAGAGUUUGGUCCUGAAGCCGGAGCACAAGGAGGUGUACCAGGACAUGAGCCAGCCCCUCAACCACUACUUCAUCUCCUCCUCGCACAACACCUACCUCCUGGAGGAUCAGCUCAAAGGGCCCAGCAGCACGGAGGCUUACGUCAGAGCUCUGGUGAAGGGCUGCCGCUGUGUGGAGCUGGACUGCUGGGACGGGUCGGAUGGCGAGCCAGUGAUCUACCACGGCCACACACUCACCUCAAAGAUCCUUUUCAAAGAUGCCAUCAAAGCCAUCAAGGAUUACGCUUUUAAGACAUCAGACUACCCAGUGAUCAUCUCCCUGGAGAACCACUGCAGCGUGGAGCAGCAGAAGGUCAUGGCGCACCACAUGAGCUCCAUCCUGGGCAGUGACCUCGUCACCGCACCCCUGGGCGACUGCAUGCCCACAGGCUUCCCAUCUCCUGAGGUGGCUGAAGGGGAAGUUGUAGUUAAAGGGAAGAGGCUGAACAAACUGGAAGCCACUUUUGCUCCUGAGGCUGCAGCUGAAGAUGACACCGAUGUGACGGAGGAGGAAGACUCAAAUGACGAGGAGGAGGAACAAGAGAACAGAAGAGAAAGAAACGAAGAAGCUCAAAUUGCGAAAGAGCUGUCGGACAUGGUGAUCUACUGCAAGAGCGUCCACUUCCACGGCUUUGAGGACGCCAAACAAAACCUGAGCUUCUACGAGAUGUCUUCCUUCAAGGAGGGCAAGGCGGUGAAGCUGGCCGAGGAGUCUGCUAAUGGCUACAUCCAUCAUAACAUGGACAAGCUGAGCCGCAUCUACCCUGCAGGCCUGAGGACCGACUCCUCCAACUACAACCCCGUGCCGCUGUGGAACGCCGGCUGCCAAUCGGUACCGAAUCAAACACGACUAAUGAAAAAGGGGGAACGACAAACUCACUUUUACAGUGUAGACUCACAGUCAAUGGCUUUAAACUUCCAGACGCCCUGCGCGGAGAUGGAUGUGAACCAGGGCAGGUUCGUGUGUAACGGGAAGAGCGGCUACAUCCUGAAACCGUCGUUCCUCCGGGACGGCGCCACGGAGUUCGACCCCAUCACCCUGACUCGAGGCCCCUGGCUGCAGCACAAGCUGCUCCACGUCAUGAUUAUCUCAGCCCAGCAGCUCCCAAAGGUCAACAAGAAGAAAUCCUCCAUCGUGGACCCGCUGGUUAAAGUGGAGCUCUUUGGAGUGCCAGCUGAUGUUGCUGUGAAAGAGACGGAGCCCAUUGAAAACAACGGUUUUAACCCGUCCUGGAACCAAAGCUUCCAGUUUGAGGUGUACGUGCCGGAGCUGGCGCUGGUGCGCUUCGUCAUCGAAGACUACGACUCCACCUCUGACAAUGAGUUCAUCGCUCAGUACACGCUUCCCUUCAACAGCCUACAAACAGGAUACAGACACGUGCCUCUGCUCAAUAAGAACGGAGACCCUCUCCCCGCCGCCGGACUCUUCAUACACAUCAUCGUCCUGGACGCUGAGUAGGACGUCGCCGCCGGGCACAUCCCUCCACAGGACGAGAACACAACAACCUCUGACACACGGCCACACUGCAGUUGUUUUAAAUGGCUUUUAUGUUCUUUUUUUUAAAAAAAAAAACGUGUAACACUUUUUUAGUUUUAGUUUGUAAUUAACUUAUUGGCUUAAUUGUAGUCGUUGGAACGACUAAGAGGUGGAUCACAUCCUCAGCGGACAG